CGCUCUUUCUGUAUCAACAGACAUUGCUAUCUGACAGCCCCAUACACUGGCGCAGGAGACUACAAGAAUAGUUAUUUUCUACCUACUAAGAACUGGACCAACACACAUCGCACGCUCCUUUCGGCUUCAUUUGAAGGUUGUUGUUCGGGUUUAACCUACCUUUGGCUGUAUCACCCCUAACCAACCCUAACCUCACCAGCACCGCCACGGGGACUUUACCAUAACCCUGAAGGGAAACGGGUCCUGCCGGUGUUCCUUCCCCAGGACAGUAGAUGACACAGUCCUGGACCAUGUAAGGGAGCUGAAGGCGCAAUCUGCAGUGUUUCUACCGGAGAGAGCGACGGGGAGAGUGAGGGAAGAGGAGGAGCGAGGAAUGGGCAUGGGGAAGAAUAUCACCUCUAAGUCGAUGGAGGGAGAAGGGGCGAAGUAUGAGGAGGAGAACAAACACAGAGCAGACUUCUACCCCAUUCCGGUGGUGGUUAACGGAGUGGGACAGGCCGCUGGAGAGCAGGACACUGAAGACACUGAGCUGAUGGCCGUCUACACUAAAGAGAACCAGGGAGGAGAGAAAAGUUCCAUGUCGGAGACGUUGGACAGUGCAGACAGUAUGGACGCCAGGAGAAUGGACAUGAUCUACACCAUUGAAGACACCCCUCCCUGGUACCUGUGUAUAUUCCUGGGCUUACAGCACUACCUGACAUGUUUCAGUGGUACCAUUGCGGUGCCAUUCCUGCUAGCUGAAGCCAUGUGUGUAGGGUUUGACCAGUGGGCUACCAGUCAGCUCAUAGGAACUAUCUUCUUCUGUGUGGGAAUCACCACCCUGCUACAGACUACACUGGGCUGCAGACUUCCUCUGUUCCAGGCAAGUGCCUUUGCCUUCCUGGCUCCCGCCAGAGCAAUCCUGUCACUAGACAAGUGGAAGUGCAACGCUACAGUGGUUCCUUCCAUGUUCAACGAGACCGAGCUGCUCAACACUGAACACAUCUGGCAUCCCCGGAUACGAGAGAUCCAGGGGGCUAUCAUUGUGUCGUCUCUGAUAGAGGUGUGUAUUGGCUUCCUGGGGCUCCCUGGGCUCUUGUUGAAAUACAUCGGGCCCCUAACUAUCACCCCGACUGUGGCUCUCAUCGGCCUGUCUGGCUUCCAGGCUGCAGGGGAGAGAGCAGGGAAACACUGGGGCAUCGCCAUGCUGACUAUAUUCCUGGUGUUGUUGUUCUCUCAGUAUGCGAGGAACGUACAGCUUCCUCUGCCCAUCUACAAGGCUAAGAAAGGUUGGACCUCUUAUAGAUUACAGCUCUUCAAGAUGUUCCCUAUCAUCAUGGCCAUCCUGGUGUCAUGGCUGAUUUGUUUUAUCUUUACCGUAACCAAUGUUUUCCCACCGGAGAAAGACAAGUACGGUUACUACGCCCGCACCGACGCACGCCAGGGGAUACUGGCAGCCGCACCCUGGUUCAAGAUCCCCUACCCCUUUCAGUGGGGUGUUCCUACGGUGACAGCGGCGGGGGUGAUCGGUAUGUUCAGUGCCGUGGUCGCCAGCAUCAUUGAGUCCAUUGGAGACUACUACGCCUGUGCCCGCCUCUCCUGUGCCCCCCCACCCCCCAUUCAUGCCAUCAACAGGGGUAUAUUUAUGGAAGGUCUCUCCUGCGUGUUGGAUGGGCUGAUGGGGACAGGAAACGGCUCUACUUCCUCCAGUCCUAAUAUAGGCGUGCUAGGCAUCACUAAGGUGGGCAGCCGGCGUGUGAUCCAAUACGGUGCUGCUAUGAUGCUACUGCUAGGGCUGGUGGGUAAAUUCAGCGCGUUGUUCGCCUCCCUGCCUGACCCUGUCCUGGGGGCGCUGUUCUGUACCCUGUUUGGGAUGAUUACAGCUGUGGGAUUGUCCAACCUGCAGUUUGUAGACCUCAACUCCUCCAGGAACCUUUUUGUUCUGGGCUUCUCCAUCUUCUUUGGCCUGGUGCUGCCCAGCUACCUCAAACAGAACCCUCUGGUCACUGGUAUAGUGUCGAUUGACCAGGUGUUGAACGUCCUCCUGACCACAGCCAUGUUCGUAGGGGGGUCAGUGGCAUUUGUGCUGGACAACACUAUCCCUGGUACGCCGGAGGAGCGAGGGAUCAGGAAGUUGAAGCGUGGGUCGGGACCCAGUACUGCGGAGCUGGAGGGGAUGAGAACCUACGACCUCCCGUUCGGCAUGGACUUCCUGCGCCGCCACACCGUCUUCCAGUACUUCCCCAUCAGCCCCACCUUCAGCGGCUACCAGUGGGGCGCGAUCCGCAAGGCCUGCAGACUUAGGGGGGGACGGGGGGGGGCAGGGAAGGCAGCCGAGAUGGAGGGAAUCACAGAACCAGGGGAGAGCGGGGUAUAGCAGACUGGUAGAACCGGGCUGGAGGGAAGAGAGAUGGAGUUUGGUACCAUGGAAGGAAGGGAGGGGUGGAGGAUUUUGGGUAGCGUCAGUGCAGUGUGACAUGCUCAACCCUGUCUUGUAUGUGUGUCUGUAUAACACUGUCAAUGGCCUAUUCAUGCUGUUAUUAGCAUGUUAUAACCAGUGUCAUGAGCAUGUAAUAACAGAUGUCCUUAUAGAUGAAGUUUCAGAGGGAGUUGCAACAUGCUCUUGUCUCUGUCUAGUAUGUGAGCAAAAGAGCAUAGGAAUGCCUUAGACAGCCCAUUACUGAGGUCCCUCUCUCCCCAUUGCACUAUUUCUUCUGGAUCUUCAGUUAACACUUAUUUUCUCAGUUAA